AUGGCGACAGUCCACGACAAUGGCCUCGAAUUCUACCCCGCUUACUGCUUCAAAGCCGCUCCCACCCACUUCACCUGGGUAAAGAUCGCUGCCGCGGAUGUUCAUCGACUGAGACGGCGGUUUCAAUAUGGAGACCCAUCCACCUACUUCUACCACAACCACCCAAUCCGCUACAUCUCCCUAGCAGGGAUAAUAGUCGCGCGCACCGAAACCCCCUACCGCACGAUCCUCACCCUAGACGACAGCAGCGGCGCAACGCUCGACAUAGUCGUUCUCAUCCAACAGAUCGAUAAUCCAGCGAACCCCAGCACACCAACAGCAGCACACACCUCCCCCACAACAUCCACCUCGCUAGACAUAACCCCGCUCGUCCCCGGCACACUCGCCCACGUCAAGGGCACAAUCUCCACAUUCCGCAGCACACCCCAACUCCAACUCGAGCGCUUCUGGCUGCUACGCGACACGAACGCCGAGAUGCGCUUUGUGGCGCAGCGCGCGCGAUACCUCGCUGAGGUGCUUUCGCAUCCGUGGGUGCUGAGCGAGGAGGAGGUUGUGAGGCUGGAGGAGGAGGCGGAGGCGGAGGAGGUGCGUGGUGAGGAGGGGAGGGAUCGUGCUGUCAGGAAGGCGCGGGCGCGCGGGGAGCGUGAGAGUAGGCAUUGCGGGGUUAUAUUGAGGGCGUGGGAGCGGGAGGAGAGGGAGAGGGAGAAGGAGGCGGAGCCCCUCGACUCUCUCUAUGUGUGUGUGAGAGAGUGCGUGUGA